UAAAGGGGAAGAAAAGUCACUCAUAAACACAGAGCGUGCCACAAAGACAGAGACAGGAGGGAACCCAAGAACACAACCAGCAGAGCUGCAGAGUCUAAUAAGGGCACACACAGCACACUCUUUCACCCCAGUUACACACAUAUAUACACACACACACACACACACACACACACACUUGUGCCGGUGCAGUGUGUGUCUGCCACCCAGAGUGAGGAGCAGGGCUGAUCGACCCAAACAAGUGGAGCAUCAGGGAGGAAGGAGCGAGCGAGUGGAUGGAUGCCUUCUGCAGACUCUGUGGCCUGGACCCUCUGUGGGACUGGAACCGUACAUGGUACACCGCUAACCCGGACCUGACCCAGUGUUUCCAGAACACAGUGCUGGUGUGGGUCCCCUGUAUCUACCUGUGGUUGCUGGCCCCCUUCUACUGUCUUCACCUGUACUGCCAUGACCAUGGACGCAUUAAGAUGUCCUGUCUCUGCACUGCCAAAAUGGUCCUUGGCUUCCUGCUGGCCUCCUUCGGCUUUGUGGAGUUCUUCUACAUCCUGCUGGAGAGAGGCCAGGAGAUCCAGCAGCACAUGGUCUUCCUGCUCAGCCCCAUCAUACGCAGCAUGACUGUGAUCCUGGCCCUGUGCAUCAUCCAGCUGGAGAGAAUAAGAGGCUGCCGCUCCUCGGUCUUCCUCUUCCUAUUCUGGAUCUUGGCCGUUGUCUGUUCUCUGGUGCCUCUCAGAGCAAAGAUCCAGCUGGCCAUGGAUGAGGGUAUUGCCUCUGACAUUGUUCGAUACAUCGCCUUCUUCUCCUACUUCACGAUCCAACUGGCCCAGCUCUUCCUGUGCUGUUUUUCCGACCAGCCUCCGGAGGGAAAAACCAUCCUGGAAAAGAACCCCUGUCCUGUAAAAGAUGCCUCCUUCCUCUCAAAGAUCCUCUUCUGGUGGUUCACUGGGCUUGCGGUGAAGGGAUAUCGCACACCACUGCAAGCAGAGGAUUUGUGGACCCUGAGAGAGGAAGACACGUCCCACAAGAUCAUCUCCGAGCUGCAGCAGGACUGGACGGCCGAAUGUGCCAAAAUUCAGAAGCAGGAGAAGGCCCUGGCGUCGGUGGCGCUGGGGAGCCGGCUGCCGGACCAGGCCCAGCUCCUCCGGAAGCUGCAGAAGGAGCAGAGCUCCGGUUUCGUUCUGCUCAGGACGCUGGCGCGCAACUUCGGCCCGUACUUCCUGACCGGCACCCUGUGCAUCAUUUUCCACGACGCUUUCAUGUUCGCCAUCCCUCAGGUGCUGAGUCUCCUCCUGGACUUCAUGAGGGACGAAGACGCUCCCCUGUGGAAGGGCUACUUCUACGCCACGCUGAUGUUCCUGCUCUCCUGCCUCCAGUCGCUCUUCAACCACCAGUACAUGUACACCUGCUUCACGGUGGGGAUGCGGGUGAAGACGGCCGUCAUGGGCUUGGUUUACAGAAAGUCCUUGGUGAUAAACAGCUCCGCCAGGAGGACGUGCACGGUGGGGGAGAUCGUGAAUCUGGUUUCAGCAGACACCCAGAAGCUCAUGGAUUUUGUGGGGUACUUCAACGCUGUCUGGCUGGCUCCUAUCGAGAUCGCUCUUUGCCUUUUCUUCCUCUGGCAGCACCUCGGCCCGUCGGCUUUGGCAGGAAUUGCCACCGUCUUUCUCAUUUUCCCCCUCAACGGAUUCAUCGCGAAGAAAAGGAGCAAGUUGCAGGAGAUCCAGAUGAAGUUCAUGGACGGCCGCAUCAGACUGAUGAAUGAGAUCCUGAAUGGGAUAAAGAUCCUGAAGUUUUAUGCCUGGGAGAAGGCUUUCCUGGAGCAGGUUUUGGGGUACAGAGAGAAGGAGCUGAAGGCCCUGAAGAAGUCUCAGAUUCUCUACUCCAUCUCAAUCGCAUCCUUCAACUCCUCGUCUUUCUUGAUCGCCUUCUCCAUGUUUGGCGUGUACGUGAUGCUUGACGACAGGAACGUCUUGGAUGCGCAGAAAGUGUUUGUCUCCAUGGCGCUGAUCAACAUCCUGAAAACCCCUCUGAGCCAGCUUCCAUUUGCAAUAAGCACCACCAUGCAGGCUAUGGUUUCGCUGAGGCGUCUGGGAAAGUACCUGUGUUCAGAGGAGCUGAAAGUGGACAACGUCUCGAAGGCUUCAUUGAGCUCCGAUGGGGAAGACGUGGUCAUAGAGAACGGGACUUUCAGCUGGUCUGCAGAAGGCCCUCCCUGCCUCAAACGGAUCAACAUACGAGUGCCUCGAGGUUCCCUCGUUGCUGUGGUUGGAAACGUGGGCAGUGGAAAGUCCUCCCUGUUGUCUGCCAUGCUCGGGGAAACGGAGAAGAGGAGCGGCCAAGUUACCGUCAAGGGCUCUGUAGCGUAUGUGCCUCAGCAGGCCUGGAUCCAGAACGCCACGGUCCAAAACAACAUCAUAUUCGGCCGCGAGAAGUUAAAAGCGUGGUACCACCGUGUGCUGGAGGCCUGCGCUCUGCUGCCCGACCUGGACAUCCUACCUGCUGGAGACGCCACGGAAAUAGGAGAGAAGGGAUUAAACUUCUCAGGAGGGCAGAAGCAGAGGGUGAGCCUGGCCAGGGCGGUCUACAGAAAGGCUGACGUGUACCUGCUGGACGAUCCACUGUCUGCUGUGGAUGCACAUGUGGGCCAACACAUUUUUGACAAAGUCAUCGGGCCUAAAGGAGUUCUUCGGGACAAGACCCGCAUCCUGGUGACCCAUGGGAUGAGCUUCCUGCCGCAGGCUGACCUCAUCCUCGUGCUGGUCGACGGAGAAAUCACCGAGAGCGGCUCCUACCAGGAGCUCCUCGGCCGCCACGGGGCGUUCGCCGACUUCAUCCACACCUUUGCAAACACGGAGAGAAAGGAUAGCGUCAUACACAGAGCCGGUUCGAGGAGGUCCAACGCUCGUCUCAGCAUGGUUGACUUCAUGCCUUUCUCCAGGGAUCUGUCACAGGAGCAGCUCAUUGGGGGUGACACCACUAAUACUAACCUUCAGAACAUGGAGCCUGUGACUGAAACGGACCAGGAGCAAGUCCCGGAGGACCUGGGCAGGCUGACUGAGGUUGACAAAGCACGCACCGGAAGGGUGAAGUUGGCGAUGUACAAGAAAUACUUCAAGACAAUCGGACUGGCCAUCAUCAUUCCCAUCGUCUUCCUGUACGCCUUCCAGCAGGGCGCCUCUCUGGCCUACAACUACUGGCUCAGUAUCUGGGCCGACGAUCCCGUCGUCAACGGCACCCAGAUCGACAACGAUAUCAAACUGACGGUCUUCGGAGCGCUGGGGUUCGUACAAGGUAUCGCCAUCUUCGGUACAACCGUGGCCAUCUCCAUCUGCGGCAUCAUCGCCUCCCGGCACUUGCACAUGGACCUGCUCAUGAACGUGCUGCGCUCUCCCAUGUCCUUCUUCGAGAGCACGCCCAGCGGCAACCUCCUGAACCGCUUCGCCAAAGAGAUCGACGCCAUUGACUGCAUGGUCCCCGAAGGCUUGAAAAUGAUGCUGAGCUACGUCUUCAAACUCAUGGAGGUGUGCAUCAUCGUGCUGAUGGCGACGCCCUUCGCGGCCGUGUUCAUCCUGCCUCUGGCGGUGCUCUACGCCUUCGUCCAGAGCUUCUACGUCGCCACAUCCUGUCAGCUGCGCCGGCUGGAAGCCGUGAGCCGCUCGCCCAUCUACACCCACUUCAAUGAGACGGUGCAGGGCGCCAGCGUCAUCCGGGCCUUCGGAGAGCAGUCCAGGUUCAUUCUGCAGGCUAAUGAAAGGGUCGACUUCAAUCAGAGCUCCUACUUUCCUCGAUUUGUGGCCACACGGUGGCUGGCCGUCAAUCUGGAGUUUGUGGGUAAUGGCGUGGUUUUGGCUGCUGGGAUUCUCUCGGUGAUGGGAAAAAGCACCUUGAGCCCGGGAAUCGUCGGUUUAGCAGUGUCACACUCACUCCAGGUGACUGGAAUCCUGAGCUGGAUCGUUCGUUCCUGGACCGACGUGGAAACCAACAUUGUUUCUGUGGAGCGAGUCAAUGAGUAUGCGGAAACCGUCAAAGAGGACAAAUGGACUAAAGAGUUCAGCUCCUUGUCUUCCACCUGGCCCCAGAGAGGCACCAUCGAGUUCCAGGACUACGGGCUGCAGUACCGCAAAGGGCUGGAGCUGGCUCUCAAAGGCAUUACUCUGCAAGUUCAACAAAGAGAGAAGGUUGGGAUUGUGGGCAGAACAGGAGCUGGGAAGUCCUCACUCGCCCUGGGAAUCUUCAGGAUCUUAGAAGCAGCGAAGGGGAAGAUCUUCAUCGACGGAGUCGAUAUCGCCGAGAUCGGACUCCACGACCUCCGAUCACGCAUUACCAUCAUUCCUCAGGACCCGGUUCUGUUCUCAGGCUCCCUGCGCAUGAACCUGGAUCCCUUUGAAACCUACACGGAUGAGGAGGUGUGGAGUUCACUGGAGCUCGCUCACCUCAAGACCUUUGUGUCUAACCUGCCCGACAAACUCAACCAUGAAUGCUCGGAGGGAGGAGAAAACCUCAGUCUGGGUCAGCGCCAGCUCGUGUGCCUCGCCAGGGCUCUGCUGAGAAAAACCAAGAUCCUAGUUUUGGACGAGGCGACGGCGGCUGUGGAUCUGGAGACCGACACGCUCAUCCAGUCCACAAUCCGCACGCAGUUCGAGGACUGCACUGUUCUGACCAUUGCUCAUCGCCUCAACACCAUCAUGGACUACACAAGGAUAAUCGUCAUGGACAGAGGCCACAUUUCUGAGAUGGACUCUCCGGCCAACCUCCUCUCACAGCGCGGCCAGUUCUACCGGAUGUGCCGAGAGGCCGGGCUGGUGUGAGUCUCCGUCGGACCCCCACCCCCCGGUGAACUGAUGUGGCACCUUAUCGUGUGGCUCCCCAACGCGUAUCGAACCGGGCCAUCUCGAGCUUUGCGGCAGCUGGAAACGUUUCUCCACCAGGGCAUUGUAGAUGAAUCUCAAGAGCAGCUGCUCCGUCAGUCCCUACAGGAUUUGUUGGCACUACGAAAGAAAAGCUACAGCGGAUUGUUGAGAGUUUCCACCUUAUAAAUAUUGUACAUAGAGCAGUGGAGUUAGUUUAUUCCUUUGAAGGGUUAAUGCCAAAGGCUGGAAUAAAAGAGUACCACAAAUCUUCAGGAUUUUUUUUUUAUUCUCUUCAAAAAAUGGGAGCUACAUUAUUUUUUUAGUUUUUGUAAGUGUUUAUAAAGCACAAGACUUGUUUUUUUUUUUUUCAUGUUGUCUCAGGCUUAAACAUCGACGUUUACUCACUCUUUCAUAGCCUUGAAUUCCAAACAAAAGAGGCAAUUUUGUCAUUGUAAAUAGAUUUUUUUUUUUUUUUUGUCAGAAAAUCUAUUUUUUAUUCUUGUCCAAGAAACUGGGACAAGAAAUAUUCUGACACACUAACCUUCAAAAGGUUCAUGCUGGCGGACGCAGGGGAAGUGAGGUUUUCAGAGCCUUCGAAAUCCGAGCUACAGGAAGCCAAUUUGGAGAUUUUAUUAUAUGUCAGGGAGAAAGACGAAAACAUUUCAGUGAGCCAAGACAUUAACAAUCGGCCAACUAUGUUGUGGCUGUUGUUUAUUUCUGUCAAAGUAAACCCAUAAAAAGUCAAUAGAGACCUUGCUGGUCGGAUUUAACCUGACGUCAGGAGUGAAAACCGCCACGAAUGAGGAGAAUGCCUCUUUAAAAACAAUGGUGAUGAAUCUUUGUGUUGAUUGUCUCUCUGCCGCCACCACACACUCUCAGGCCGUUCACAGAAGAUAAAACUCCGUAUUGUUCUCAUGGUGCUGACGGGACAGACUGUAAAUAGUCCACAUUCACUUUCACUCUCCAAUUCAAAGAAUGAACCGUGUGAACUUUUCAAGGAGAAGAAGUUGUUUUUGUCUUACUGGUUUAGACAAGAAAUUCUAAGAGAAACCCAAAUGUUUAUUUAUGUCAGGUGACAAAUGUAUUAUAUGUCCUCAAAGUAUUGAGGAUUACAUUAUAUUUAUACUUUUUAUAACAAGCUUGAUCAUUUUUCACUGAUCUUUUACUGUUUAAUGUACUGUCUUGUUCUAUACAUCAUGCUGGAUAAAUAAUAAAGUUUAUUUGAAUCUA